UGUUGUUAAGUAAACUUAUAAGUCUUUUUCUUUUUUUAGACACUGUUCUGAAAACAAUGAAGCAACAGAACAGAAAUUCUGGCAUUUCCAUCCUAAAUGGAAUUUUAGGAGAAAUCAAGUUAGAUCCUGGACUUGUAAAGGAGAAUAACGAAGUUCUACGUGACUUCCUGGAUACUUUCGUGCCCGAAAUGGAAGAAGUUGAUGAAAUUUUUAAGUGUUUGUAUAGGUAUUCAUACUACACUGGAAGUUUUUAUUCGGAUCUUCGAAUUUAUUCCCCUGAUGAAUACGACAUCAACUUCGUGUUAGACAUGCCCUUUGAAGACCACGAAUUUAGAAUAACGUUUCAACAAGAGUCGAAUUUUGUGACUUAUAGAGCUAUCCCUCCUCUCCAAGAAAGCUUCUAUUUAUUUGAAAAUGGUUUUCUCAUUCCUGAAAAUGUUCGAAACUGGUUUCAAAGUGUCGUGCAUAAAGCUCUUAAUUCAUACAGACCGCCAGAAACAAUCCAAAACGUGUAUGUCAGAGAAACAGGUCCAGCCCGGACGAUAACUAUAGUGAAAAAUGAUGGUGAGACAAUAGAUGUUGAUCUUGUUCCAGUGAUAGGGUGUAUGUCUCUGAAUAUGUCCAGAGUUAAAAUGGACAAAAGAGUUAAAACCAUAGUUGGAAGAAAUCUUGAGGCAUUUCUUAUACCAAAAUCACCUCCGUCACCAUAUGACAGAUCAAACAUUGGACAUUACUUCGAUAGAACAGAAGUAAGACGCUUGUGGCGAUGUCAUUUUCCACAAUCAGAACGGUAUAUUAUAUAUCAAAAAGGCUGCGCCAAGUCUGUUAUAAGGCUACUAAAGCUUCUAAGAGAUGAAGAGGAAUGGUCAGUUUUAGCUUCGUAUUACUUGAAAACUGUUGUAAUGUGGAUGAUUGUUGAAAACUCUGGAACACAAGACUUCUGGAAAGAAAAUAAAAUUGUGGAUAGGUUUCUUCAAGCACUUAAAAAGCUGGCCAAGUAUGUUGAACGAAGGAAAAUUCCAUACAUAUUCAAUAGGAACUGCAACUUGAUUGAAAAGAUCAGCGAUCAGGAAGCUUAUGAUAUCAGCAAUAGGCUGAAUUAUUUCAUUCGAAAAAUAAAUCAAGAUAUAAACAACCUUGAAAGAAUAUUUUGAAAAUAUUUAUUGGCUUCUUCAAAAAUCCCAAAAUACACCCAACAAAAAUAUUGCCAUAUUGUAUACAAAAAUAUUGCCAUAUUAUAUACAGAAAUGUUGCCAUAUUAUUUAAAAAUAUAUACAAAACUAAGCCAAAUAAAGGGAUUUUGUUCUUUGCCACUA